UUCAUCUCUCUCCGAUCGAACAGAAAUCAGUUUAGGUCUUUGCCUCCUCUCUCCGGCCAGCUCAAUUCUCGAUCAAAGGUAACCUGGAUAUAUGAAGCAGAUGUUUUGGGGAAUCAGAGUUCUGUAAAUAGAAACCUUCAAGAACGUUAAAAGCUUUUUGAGAGUUUUAUUACCGGGUUUAGAUAUAGCACUCGUUGAAUCUCAGUGUUGUGGAUGAUUUUAAACCAGUUGAUCAGUUAAAGUGUGAGGUAAAGGAAUCUAUUCAAAUUUAACAUUGAAAGGGAGAAGAAAGGAGGAGGAGAAGAUGGGAUGUGUUUCUUCUUGCUUCCGGGUCGAAGACAUUGAUGACUACAUGAAUCCAAAUAGCUCUGUCUAUAGGAACUGUCCCUGCAUAAGAUGCCUUGCUCAUAAUUUCCUUAACCUGUAUAUCUCAGUCUUCAGAAGAGGGGAAACCCGCUCUCUCCCAUCUUCGGUUCAAGCUACUGCAGCGAUAACUUCCUCCUCUUCACACGAUAACUUUUUGUCUGAAGCAUUCCGUUCCACUCCAAGACCUCUGCCUUAUGACGCUGAUCCUAGAUACUUCCGCUCACUCGUCUCAAGACGGGAGAAGGGUUCAAGUCAUUCCCAUGAGGAAGUUGAACCUUUACGAAGCGAUGGCGAUGCAGAUUCUGAGUCUUUCGGCCUAGGAGGAUGCAAAUGGGCUAAUAAUAAAUCCGCCAUCUCUGAUAAAGAUUCCAAAGAAGAGUACUCUAGUAAAUCCAGUCUCAGGAUUUUGAGAUCAAAGUCCAAGUCAAUAAUGGCCGACUCUGAAAACAUGUAUAUAUUGUCUGAAGAUGAAGAUGUCUGUCCAACUUGUCUUGAAGAAUAUACAUCAGAGAACCCAAAGAUUGUGACAAAAUGUUCUCACCAUUUCCACCUUAGUUGCAUUUAUGAGUGGAUGGAGAGAAGUGAAAACUGUCCUGUCUGCGGGAAGGUGAUGGAAUUCAACGAAACACCAUGAGCAUCAACCAUUGAUCUGUGUCUUGUAUCUGAACUGAAACCGGGGAAGAUGACAAGGCAAUGCACGAAAUAAUUUGUAAAUUUGGCUUUGUUGGUUUGUGAAUAUUUUCAUUUACAAUGGUAAAUAUAUGAAGCAGAAAGGGAGAAAAUGUUACUCUGCAACAGUUAAAGUUUCUGAGAAAAUUUAAAUCCAUGAAACAAGAAGUAAUGUUUCUUCUUUAAGUGAUUAUUUUCCCAUGAAUGCCUCUGUUGUAUCCUCUAAUCAUCGAAACUCUUACAUCAUUGUCGUUAUAUAAAUUUCCUUUUUAUGU